CUCGAUUCGCACCUUGGGCAAGCACCUCGAACGACGCCGACGCCGAGCACCUUUGCCGAAGUCCUUCUUCUGAGUUCUCGAUGGGAGCCUGCGCGAGCUCCCCGUGCAAUCCGCUUCACAGGACUGCCACCUAUACGCUCGCCGAUGACAAGGUGAUGCAGCUAAUCUCUGCAGAGCGAUGUUCUGAACGCUGUGCCGACGGCCGUUAUGCGCUGCACUAUGCUGCGGCCAGCGGAUGCGCGUCUGCCUCGAUUUGCGCGGCCAUCCUGGACGCCUAUCCCGAGGCGGUGCGCACACCGGAUCGCGACGGCCACCUCCCUGCCCACGCUGCCGCCCAGUCUUGCGGUUCGGUGGCUGUCGCCGAAAAGAUCCUCUCCGCCUACCCGGAAGCUGUGCACAAGAAGACAAUGUUCGGCAAGACGCCACCUGACCGGGCGAGGGCAUACAAUCCGAGUGACGAGGUCAAGGCAAUCUUCGAGGCGGUGGCCGCCGAGCUCCCGCCGCCGCCGUCGCGCCAGCCGACGACCGACCGCACGCGGCGAUCCAGCCGCUCCGCAGCCAGGUCGGGCUCAUCGCGCAGCGUCCACUUCUCGGCCGCCGUCGCCGUGGCCGUCUGAGCUGUAAGCGACGCGCAGGCGAGCGAGCCGCUCGCUCGCGUGCGCCGAAGUGAGACGGCGGCCUCUCUUCUGGCCUCGCACGGGUGACACAUUUGGGGUGGGUAGGCAGUGGAGACGGGAGAGACGUGUGGUCUCGAGCAACUGUGCGUGUAGUGUGUGAUCUGGUCGUGUGGCGCUGGUAAGGUGGCGCUCUUACGUAUUAGUCUGUCUGGGACUUGUCUCGCACACAGCAAACAAACACAAAAUCAGAGAGAGCAAUACCAAA